CAGGUUAUGCUAUAGGGGUUAUUUUAUUUCAACAGGCAUCAUUUCCCACUAGAACUCCUGAAAUGGAAAAUAAUUGUUCACAAACAAUUCAAUUCCUUGAAGAAUAUUUUUUUCAAUCAAAUAAUAACCCAGAAACAGAAUCACCAGUAUUAUUGAUUGAUUCAUAUUUAGGUUUUAUGCUUGGAUUAUCAGGGGUUAAUCAUGAAGAAGUUAAAGAAGUCAAGACAAUUUAUCAAAAAGCAUUAUCUGAUUUAAAAAAGUUUGUCGAGUUAAAUGGAAAAGUUGAAAAUGAUCAUAAGCGGCGGAUUUUAGGUUCAGCUUGGUUUGUUGCAUUUUCAAAAUUUGAAAGAUAUGAUGAAAAUAUUAUUGAACUUUUUGAAAAAUUAACAAAAUGGACUGGAUAUGAUGUUCAUUUUACUCAAACUUAUUGUUAUGUAUUACAAACUGUUCUAUUAAUCAUACCAAUAAGAGCAAUAUUACCUAAUUUACAGAAAUUUAAUGCCCAAUUGAGCUCUCAAAUAGAAGUUCUUUCAUCACCAGGAUCUAAUUCUAAAAAACGUCAGAAUGCAAUUUUGGCUUUAGGUUCUUUAUCAGGGGUGAUAUAUCCACACAAUUUUUUUUAUGAAAAGGCCAAUUCAUAUUUGUUUAAAUCUAGACCAUUUACAGUGAUCAAUCAAGUAUUGGAUACAUUAAAAAAUAUAGCAGGUGUACCAUCAUCAUCACCAUCUAGUACUGUUUUUGCUGGAGCAGCAGAAAUAAUGAUUAAAGAUGUGAAAGGUGCAAGGCUGGCAGCUAUUAUUUUGGGCAAGAUGACACAAAGUGUUGAUAAACUUUUAGUUGAAAGUAAUGAUGUUCUAAUAAAAUCAGUAUCAAAAAAUAUUGCUGACACAGAACCUAAAAACUAUUCUAGAUUACCUAAUUCAAGCUAUUUGAAAUUUUUAUUUGUAGCAUUAACAGAUGUAACAGAUAUUUUUUCAAGUAAAAGUCGCUAUGUAUAUAUGAAUUCUCCAGAAUCUACUAUAUCAAUAGAAUCAGCACAAUUGUUUUUUUCAACACUUAUGAAUGUCAAUCAAGUUUUUCCACCAGUAAAUUGGUUCCCCUUACUUGUAGAAUUUAAUAAACCAAACUUUAAACAAUUUAAAUUGCAUAUUGAAAGUAUUAAGUUUGCAAUAAAAUAUUGUGAUUGGUCAGCAUCUUUAACAGAAUACCUUAUGUAUGUAUUAAUGAAAUUCCCUGAUAUUCAAGUUAUAUCUGAUGAUGGUGAUGAUUUUAAUAGUGGUGACUUAGGAUUUGAAGAGAUACUUGUUAAUGAUGGAAUUGCUAAAAUUUUACAACUUUAUGGAUUUGAAAAAAAUGAAAAUGACAUAAUUACAGAAAUCAAAAGGCCAACAACAUCUUCAUCAUCUUCAGUUGCUAUUAAGCAAAGGCGAGGAAUCAAUGACAUUUUAAAAAAAUCAACAAUUCAUGAUUCUCGUCUUUUAGAAAUCUUUGAUGUUUUAUUUGAAAAGUUAUUUGAAAAAGUGGAAAAUAAAUAUUUAAAAAUUAUUAAGAUAAAAUUUCUAAGAACGAUAAAUUAUUAUAUUCCAUCAAAUGACAAAACAUCCAACACUGAAGAUUAUUUGACCAUAACCCAACAAGAAUUAAUUAAACGAUUAAAAAAACAUUUCUACAAUUUUAAAAUAUCAGAUUUGAAAGAACAAGAUGUUUACAUAAUACAACUGUUUACAAAAACUUGUAUGUUUUCUAAUGAUGAUAUUAUAAAAGGUGAUCAGUUGUAUGAAAAUGAGGAAGAAUUCAAGAAAUAUGUUGUAACAAUUUGUACAAUGGUCCAAUUGAAUCGUGUAGAUUCAAAAUAUCUUAUAAAUUUAUUACAAGAAAUUGCUAUUAAGCAAAGGCGAGGAAUCAAUGACAUUUUAAAAAAAUCAACAAUUCAUGAUUCUCGUCUUUUAGAAAUCUUUGAUGUUUUAUUUGAAAAGUUAUUUGAAAAAGUGGAAAAUAAAUAUUUAAAAAUUAUUAAGAAUGCAAUUUUGGCUUUAGGUUCUUUAUCAGGGGUGAUAUAUCCACACAAUUUUUUUUAUGAAAAGGCCAAUUCAUAUUUGUUUAAAUCUAGACCAUUUACAGUGAUCAAUCAAGUAUUGGAUACAUUAAAAAAUAUAGCAGGUGUACCAUCAUCAUCACCAUCUAGUACUGUUUUUGCUGGAGCAGCAGAAAUAAUGAUUAAAGAUGUGAAAGGUGCAAGGCUGGCAGCUAUUAUUUUGGGCAAGAUGACACAAAGUGUUGAUAAACUUUUAGUUGAAAGUAAUGAUGUUCUAAUAAAAUCAGUAUCAAAAAAUAUUGCUGACACAGAACCUAAAAACUAUUCUAGAUUACCUAAUUCAAGCUAUUUGAAAUUUUUAUUUGUAGCAUUAACAGAUGUAACAGAUAUUUUUUCAAGUAAAAGUCGCUAUGUAUAUAUGAAUUCUCCAGAAUCUACUAUAUCAAUAGAAUCAGCACAAUUGUUUUUUUCAACACUUAUGAAUGUCAAUCAAGUUUUUCCACCAGUAAAUUGGUUCCCCUUACUUGUAGAAUUUAAUAAACCAAACUUUAAACAAUUUAAAUUGCAUAUUGAAAGUAUUAAGUUUGCAAUAAAAUAUUGUGAUUGGUCAGCAUCUUUAACAGAAUACCUUAUGUAUGUAUUAAUGAAAUUCCCUGAUAUUCAAGUUAUAUCUGAUGAUGGUGAUGAUUUUAAUAGUGGUGACUUAGAAUUUGAAGAAAUACUUAUAAAAUUUCUAAGAACAAUAAAUUAUUAUAUUCCAUCAAAUGACAAAACAUCCAACACUGAAGAUUAUUUGACCAUAACCCAACAAGAAUUAAUUAAACGAUUAAAAAAACAUUUCUACAAUUUUAAAAUAUCAGAUUUGAAAGAACAAGAUGUUUACAUAAUACAACUGUUUACAAAAACUUGUAUGUUUUCUAAUGAUGAUAUUAUAAAAGGUGAUCAGUUGUAUGAAAAUGAGGAAGAAUUCAAGAAAUAUGUUGUAACAAUUUGUACAAUGGUCCAAUUGAAUCGUGUAGAUUCAAAAUAUCUUAUAAAUUUAUUACAAGAAAUAACCAAUUCUCCUAAUCGAGAAUCAUCAUCAAUCAACAAACUAUGGUAUUAUGGCAUUAAUGUGGUGAUGAAUGGUUUAAUUAAUUUAAGUUGGUGUGAAGAUGAUGUUAACACUGAUAAUAUUAUUGAUGGUAAUAACAGUGGUGCUACUACCCUUGCGAAUGCUAUGAUCAAUUCAUGUUUUAUUGAUUGUCAGAUAUUUGAUGAAAAUUUUAUGAGAAUUUUCAAUAAUCCUGUUAUUGUGAAACAACUUCCAAAUUUAAUUAUAAAAGAAAUUCAACGAUCAGUUGAUAUGGAUGAUAAUGGGUUUAACAUAUUAAAUGAAAAGGUAACUAUAAGAUUUCUACAGUUAUUUGAAAAUUCGAGGAAAGAGAAGGCAAAUGAAGCAAGCCAUAUAUUUUGGGAAAUUUUAAAUAGAUUGAGAUCACCUAAAAUCAGGCUUAUUUCAGAUAAUGAAAGUUAG